GGCCAUCAGGAAACAGUGAGCCAUGACUCUUUUCAAGUCGGUACUGUAAAUCAUAGACACAUUUCCAAAUACAAUAAUAUUAAUAAUAAUAAUGAUGAGAUAAUAUUUAUAGAACGAAUGAUUUUACAACCUUAACGACUUUCAUCCGGGGCACUGUCAAUGUUAUACAUUUAAAAAGGUCACCGGCGGCAGAAACUUUGUGGGACACAAGUGUAAGAUCUGAUCCCUACACCAGAGUAAUGCAGCAGGCUCUGCAGAGGCUAGGACCAUGCUCCCUGUGCUGGGGGAAGCAGUGGGGAGUUUCAGGGGCGAUACUCCGAGGACAGCGCAGAACUAUUUACAGCGAGACUGGUGUGUGGGAGAGAGACUACAAAGCAGAGACCAGGAGCAAGGUGGAGACGUGGUGGCGUCCUCGCAUUAAGGAGCAGUGGUGCAAGGCUUCGGAAACAGAUAAAUCCCGGCCCAAGUUUUACAUGCUGUCGAUGUUCCCCUAUCCAUCAGGGAAGCUGCACAUGGGCCAUGUCCGAGUGUACACCAUCAGUGACACGAUUGCACACUUUCAAAGGAUGAGAGGAAAUCAGGUCCUAAAUCCGAUGGGGUGGGAUGCAUUUGGACUUCCAGCUGAAAACGCUGCAAUAGAGCGUGGUUUGGAUCCAGAGGAAUGGACGAAAAGUAAUAUUGCACACAUGAGAGAACAGCUGAACAGUCUUGGUCUCUGCUUUAAUUGGGACAGGGAAAUAACAACCUGUCAGCCUGACUAUUAUAAAUGGACUCAGUACCUCUUUGUCAAGCUUUUUGAAGCCGGACUGGCCUACCAGAAAGAGGCCCUGGUGAACUGGGACCCUGUGGAUCAGACCGUGCUGGCGGACGAGCAGGUGGAUGAGAAUGGCUGCUCUUGGCGCUCCGGAGCCAAAGUAGAGCAGAAAUACCUCAAGCAGUGGUUCAUUAAAACCACACAUUACGCAAAGCCUCUGCUCGAUGCAUUGGUUGACCUUCCUGAGUGGUAUGGUGUGAAGGGGAUGCAAGCCAACUGGAUAGGAGAAUGCACUGGAUGCUUCUUCGACUUCCAUUUAAAGGUGAAUGGUAAGGUGGCAGGGGAGAAGCUGUCGGCAUACACCUUCACUCCUGAGGCUGUUUACGGAGCCACUCAUCUCUCCAUUCUUCCGAGUCACCGGUUACUGCACGGGAAUAGCCCCCUGAAAGAGACCCUCCAAAAGGAUUUCAUAGCAGGGAAAGACUGCCUGACCUCGGUCAUCGCUGUGAAUCUUCUUACUGGACUGGAGAUCCCUGUUACCAUCUCAGCUAAACUGAAGUUCGAGGGUCAUCUGGAUACUACAAUAGGUAUUCCUGACACCAGCCCAGAUGACUCUGCUGUAGCCAGGAGCCUAGGCCUGGCCUGCCUGCAGGUUCUGGAAACCCUGCCCGAUGGGACAGAGAAGCUGGUUCACUCUGGAGAGUUCACAGGCCUUGACAGACGAGCAGCCUUCAAUGCCAUUACCCAGAAGGCCCGAGAGAAGAGCGUUGGUGGAUACCUCACAAGUUCCAAGUUGCGGGAUUGGCUGGUCUCCCGCCAGAGGUACUGGGGAACCCCGAUACCCAUAAUGCACUGCCAGUCCUGCGGCACCCUGCCCGUGCCUACCGAAGACCUGCCUGUCUUGUUACCCAAAGCGGGGUCGUUUACUGGGAAGGGGGCUUCACCUUUAGCAGUGGCUUCACACUGGUUUACCUGUACCUGUCCCCAGUGUAGGGGCCCAGCUCGCAGGGAAACAGACACUAUGGAUACAUUUGUAGAUUCGGCCUGGUAUUACUUCAGAUACACAGAUCCUCACAACGCACAGAGGCCUUUUGACCGGGUCCUUGCAGAUCACUGGAUGCCUGUGGAUUUGUACAUCGGAGGGAAGGAGCAUGCUGUUAUGCAUUUAUACUAUGCACGAUUCUUCAGCCACUUCUGUAAAGACCAGAACCUCGUGAAGCACAGAGAGCCUUUCCACAAGCUUCUUGUCCAGGGCCUCAUCAAGGGGCAGACCUUCAGGUUAGCAGAAAGCGGCCAGUUUCUGAAGAGGGAGGAGAUCGACUUCUCAGGUACGGAGCCUGUUCACGCUGACAGUAAGAAGGCACUGCAGGUGACCUGGGAGAAGAUGAGCAAGUCGAAACACAAUGGGGUCGACCCGGAGGAGGUGGUGAAGCAGUAUGGGAUAGACACAGUGCGCCUCUACAUCCUGUAUGCAGCGCCCCCUGAGCAGGACAUUCUCUGGGAUGUCAAGACGGAUGCAAUCCCUGGAGUACUGAGAUGGCAGUCUAGACUCUGGACCUUGAUGACCAAAUUCAUUGAUGCUCGGAAUUCUGGGAUACUUCCCAGUCCGGACCUGCUGAGCAAAAAGGAGAAGACGGAAGCAAAGAAGAUUUGGGAUAACAAAAACUAUGCUCUGUCUCAGGUAACGAAUCACUUCACAGAGGAUUUCCUGCUGAACGCGGCAAUCUCCCGCCUCAUGGGUCUCACCAACACACUCUCGCAAGCCUCCCAACGCGUUGUUCUUCACAGUCCUGAGUUUGAAGAGGCCCUGGCCACUCUGUGUGUGAUGGCUGCUCCCAUGGCUCCUCACCUGGCCUCCGAGUUAUGGAGAGGGCUGUCUCAGGUGCAGAACAAACUGGCGAGCCGCUGGCAGUGGGAUUGUGACGUGCUGCUUCAGCCAUGGCCCAGCGUGGAUCCAGAGUAUCUACAACAGCCAGACACAGUGGAAGUGACUGUCAGGAUCAACAACAAAGCACGUGGUUCAGUGAGCGUUCCACAGCAGGUCGCCAGGAAUGCAGAGGCGGUCCGGGAACUCGUCCUGCGCAGCGAGCUGGGCACCACACACCUGCACAACAGGACCAUCAAGAAAGCCAUAUUGUCCCCCAGAACCGCCCUCAUCAACUUCCUAGUGGAGGAGUAAGGAUGGAGGAUUGACAGGACCUGAGGAAUACAAAGUGUGUGUGGAGGGGAGGUAUUUGAUAUUGACAAUGUCUCAUAAAAAUGUAUGGCAGCUGUGAACAAUUUGUCAUGUAUUGCCAUGUGAACUGAAUCCGAUGUGGAUAUAGUGCAGCGGUACCCAGUCCUAGUGUGUGAGUCAGAGCACUAGCACAGCAAGUGAGGUGGUGCUGAAAUCCUUCCCAAGCUGUGGUCUCUUCUUGUUCUCAAACUUCUUAUGUUCUGAAAUAUACAUUUUAUUAAAAAUCACAUACAAUAAAUCAA